AUGGAGACACGCAGGAACAUGGAGGUACACACUGGAGAACUCAUAAAUGUACACACACAGGAACGUACAGAGGUACACGCUGGAGAACCCAUAAAUGUACACACACAGGAACGUACAGAGGUACACACUGGAGAACGUAUAAAUAUACACACACAGGAACAUACAGAGGUACACACUGGAGAACGUAUAAAUAUACACACACAGGAACAUACAGAGGUACACACUGGAGAACCCAUAAAUGUACACACACAGGAACAUACAGAGAAUAACAUACAGAGAAUCAUACAGAGGACCAUACAAAGGGAUACAAAGGUACAUAGAGAGGAACAUUUACAGGUAUAUACAGAAGAACAUUCAGAGAAUCAUAUAGAGGAACAUACAGUGCAGCAUACAAAAGGAUACAAAGGUAUAUACAGAGGAAUCUUCAGAGCAGCAUACCUUGGUACAUACAGAGUAACAUACAGAGAACCAUACAGGGAACAUACAGUAAAAUAUACAUGCAUAGAGGUAAAUUUACAGAUAUACAGAGGUACAUACUGA